CACAUCAGAUCAGAAGGCAGAGCUAAUUGGAGCUCAGCCCUUUUGACUCCCGGUCUCCCACCACAGUCCACAGCUCGUCCUCGGCUCCUCUGCUCGCACAAAUCAAAGCACAACGGAGGGAAACCCAAAGCCACUCCCCACAGUCUCUUCCAUUCCAACUGCAAGAAGCAAAGAGGACAGCCUAGCUAAGCUCGGCAAGAAGCAAGGAGGACAGCGGAGGCAUGGGCUGCUGUGUCAGCAAGAAGCUCCGCGAGCCGCCGGGCGCGGCCAGCGAAGAACACCGGAGGAAGGUCGUCGAGGCACGCGACCUGCCGCCGCCGGAGGAGGAGAAGGUCAAGGAGGUGCUCUCGGAGACGCCGCGGGUCAAGCCGCGGCCUAAGCCCAAGCGAGUCGCUGGCGCCAGCGCCGUAGUGGCGCCGUCGGCGGAGAAGAAUGCCAACGCGAAGGACGGCGUCGCCAGGGUAAAGGACGGUGGUGGCGGCGACAGGGUCCGCAGGGCAGCGCGGCCUGCGCGUUCCCUCGAGGAGAAGUCGGAGGCGGCGUCCGAGUCGUCGGCCGCGACCACGGCGACGGGGCCCGACCGGUCGCCGUCCAAGCCGCCCAGGUACAGGCAGGGAGCCACGUCCGGCGAGCCCAGGCGCGCCAGGCGGGACCGCUCUGCCGCCGCUCCUGGCGGGCGCGCGUCUCCGUCGCCGCCGCCGCCGAGGCGCGAGCCCGGACGGAGGUCGCCGUCGCCCGCGGCGAAGCGGUCGCAGGACCAGCCCCGCGACGCCGCGGCCUCCUGCGCGCAGCGGAAACCGCCUGUGCCCGCGAGGCCGUGCGGCCGCGCGCCAACGCCGCGGCGUGCGCAGGAGGCGCCUCCCCAGCCAUCGCCGACGCCGGCGCAGUCACUGUCACACGGCUGUGCGUCACCACCGACGCCCCAGGCGCCGGUGCAGCAGGAUGCUCCCCAAGACAGCGACGGCGGCGCCUCGGGUGCUGACGGUGACGGCGAGGGGAAGGAGUCGUUGGAGAACCCCCUGGUGUCCAUGGAAUGCUUUAUCUUCCUGUAGCACCAUCUAAUCCGCAGGUAAGUACUGCAUUGUUACCGUUAGGAGUAACCAGGUUCAGGAACUUCAUUUCGGCGAGUGACAUUUAGGCAAUCCCGUCGGUAAUUUUGUCCGUCCUGUACAUGUUAGCGCCGCCGUCUGGUUGAAACCCGAUGGCUUGGCUUGGUUGUGCUGCCAUGGUUGAUGACUUAUGUAAUCCGUAGACUGUAGCUCUGUAAUGAACUGUACUAUCUCUUUCCUUCCUAGUAUCCAUUAAUUCCGCUCC